AAAAAAAACUAAAAGUAGGCAAAAAAUGUGGAUAUAUUAAAGCGCAAUUAUUUAUUGCAAAUUUUUUAACAAUUACUGAAUUAAAGAGAUAAUUAGGAACAUGUAUACAUCAUUAUUGGCAAAACAACAAUACAAAAUAUUUGUGGGUUUAUGGCAAAAACAACAAUUGCAAUUAUUAACGGCCAGUUUAAUAAACAGUGCAAGUGUAACCACCGACCAUAGUAUUAGACAAUAUACAGCAACAACUACUGGAAAAUUCUUCAGGAAUCCUUCAUGUGUGUCAUCAUGGAGUGAUAAAAGAUUAUAUAGUGAUGACACAACGCGGUCAGGGAAACUAGGUAAACAGUUGAUUUUGUCAGAUGCAGAAGAAGAAGCGACUUUAAAUGGCUCGGAAGAUGUGGAUUCAUAUACUCAAAAUUUUAAUUUAAAGCAACUGUUGUACACCGAAGCAGAUGAUAUAAUAAAAAAGUUGAACGCAUGUGGAAGUAUUGAGGAGCUACAAAAUAUCUUGGAGACUGAAAAAUCCCAUUUGCACAAAGAACAUAUAGUCCAAUCCGUAAUUUUACUAUGGAUGUCUAAUAGACAAAAUAAUUAUGCAAAUCCUCAACCAAUCGAACAAAACUUUAUGGAAUAUCUUUUACCACUACUUAACGAAAAUGUUCCUAAAUUAAAUACAAAUGAAAUGACCACCUGUUAUUUGUAUUUACGUAAAAUGGGUGUGGAAAAUAGUGAACCAGUAAUGCAGCAGCUGUUAAUGAAUGCCCUAAAUGAAGUUGAAAGUGCCGAAGAAAUAAUUGGACUGCCGGCAUUAUCACGCUUAGUGGUGGGCAUCACUACUGGUAGAGAUUUCUUUACGCCCAUGCUGUGUGUCAACUUUAUGAGACAUUUGCAGCAUCACAUUGCAAUGUGCAAGAGUGAAGAAGAGGCUCGCAUGAUUGCCAUAUGCAUGUUCAAAUUGCAAAUUCUAAUUAACGAUGAAAUGGUUGAGCUAUACAAGAGCAAAGUUUCGGAUUUAAUUGCCGCGGGAAAAAUUUCAAGUGCUACACCAAAAACGGUUAUUAAAAUUUUAAAUCUGCUUAAUAUGGCUGUGUGGUCACAUAAACAUGUUGCUUUGAUAAGAAAUCUUCUGCUUACUAUGGAAACCUGUAUUAAACAAUUAGAUGGUAACGAUUUGAAAAAUGUUUGCCGCAUAUAUCAAUAUCACAUGGAACCGGCUGCUUUAAAUGAACCAUUAGCCGAAGCCAUUGAGGAGUUGUUAAGUCAUCAAAUGACCGCCGAAAAUUUGGCUUGUUUUGUACCAUUUGCCCAGCCUCAACGUAGAGAGUCUUUAAUUAAUGCCUUCAAAGCUAUAAUAUCAUCACCGGAAAGUUGGCAGUCCCAUAAUUCUACCGGCAAUCUCUUUUCUACUUUGAGAGGUUUGAAAAUAUCCGAUAAUAAAAUUUGCAAUGCCUACUGGAAUGGCGUUGUGGCAGAGUUAGAAACUACAUCCGAAGACGAAACUCAUUUACGUUUCUUGCGUCAUUGUCAUCGUUAUAUGAAUUUCAAUAAUAAUCUGGGCGGCACCUAUAGACACAUGGUGCUGGAGAAGAAACUAAGUCAAUUGUGCAUGAGAUUUAUAGAACAUGAUUUGGCUGGCAGAAUACCACAGAAAUUUGCUCGUUUGGCCUCAUUUGUUUUGGCUUAUGGUCAUACACCGUACAGUUGGAAAAAAUAUCCAAAUAUUUUGCUGUCGAAAAUUAUCUCAAUGGGGGAUCAAUUUACGCCAACAGAUUGUUUUCUUAUCAGCCGUGGUCUACAGAUUUCACUUGAAAUGAGAUAUCGUUAUCAAGUGCCACAAUUGGUGGGCAUGCAAUUGUCUACCAUUGAUAGUGUCUUAACCGCCAGCAUAGAAAAGCAUUUAAAUGAUGAACAACUAACAGUAACCGAUUUAAAUAUGUUAGUGCGUACUUUAAGUAAUCGAAGAAGCUUAAAAAAUAGUAUAAUUUAUCACAAAACCCUGCAAAAGUACAAAGAAAUACAAUGUCAAGACUUAAAUUCACGUAUCAUCAAAGAUAUGGCCUAUAAUUUCAUGGCCACCAAUUAUUUGGUGCCUGAAAUACUAGAUAAUAUGUUCACAUACCUGGAGAAUAAUCAUGAACAUGUGGUGGGUGAAACAGUGGAAAAAGUAUUGACUUGUACCUAUAAUUUAGGUUAUACGCCGAAGUCCUAUGAUGCACUGCAUUAUGCCGGUGCAAUAUUACUAAGAGAUUUUAAUUAUAUGAGUGGUUUGGCGUUAGUUCAAUCCUGUUUAGCUUUAUGUUUUUACAAGACUAUACCUGAAGAACUUAUCAAUAAAGUAUUCUGUGUUAAAUUUAUCCAGCGUGUCGAAGAAGAAAUACAAAUGUGCUAUUCUAAGGCUACUUAUCCCGAACGUGUACUUAAUAUUGUAAUGAAAUUGAAUCGUAGUGUUUGCUUAGAUUUCCCAGAAGCUAAUGUUCCCUGGUUUCAACAAAAUUUCAUUGAAGCUCAAAUUAGUAAAAAAGCCCCAAUGGAAACUCGUUUUAGUCGCGAUGUGAAAAGUUUAUUAACAGCUUUACUUAAAAAUGAAUCAUAUAUAAGAUGCAAUCAUACAACACCAUAUGGUUAUCAGAUUGACUUUGUUAUAAAUUUCGAUAAAAACAAAAAUCCCAUCAAGGCACCCGUUGAAACUACCAUGUUGGAUCGUAUAACAAAAGUUGCAAUACUAUUACUUAAACUCGAUUCGUUUUGUGAAAACGAUUUAGAUGCUUUGAGAGGGCCUGAGUCUUUGAAAAUAAAACAUUUGGAAAUGAUGGGCUACAAAGUGGUGCAUAUAAACGAACAUGAUUGGAAUUCCAAAUAUAUGAAUGCACCUGGUGCUAAACAAAAUUAUUUAAAAUGUCUGCUGCAAAUAUCAAAUUGAUAAGACUUUUUGUAUUAACUUUUAUUAUAUAGGAGUUGGUAAAAAAAUCUCUAUUUGUAUUUUGUAUAUAGAACAGCUUAAAUUUAAUUUAAAUAAAUUCCCAAAGAAAGACUUUUGUAAUGUUAAAAGUAAUUACAAUUUAUUUAUUUUUGUUGAUUAUUUUAAUAAUAAACAAUUAGUUAAACAUUAGUUGUUGAAAAUAAAUGCAAAUAUUUUUUAAAGGAA